AUGACUGUACAGGAUAGUGCGGAAAGUAAACGAAAGUUACGAUCGAAUGAUGACAGUAGUCGAAUUGCGAAUACCGCACUUUUUAACUUUGAUAAUAUUAAUCAAAUCCUUUAUCGUGAUAAAUCUAUAACCGUUACUACUGAAUUAUCAUUUACUAAUCCUUAUGUUUAUAAUGGAAAUAUUGAUAUUAAUAAGAAGAAUAGUACAACCUCAAAAGUUAGUAAUGUUCAAGUAACUCAUGAUUUAAUUCCUAGAAGAUCAUCGAAAUUAAAUGAUCCCCUUGAUCCAUCUAUUUAUGAUAUAUUUCAUAAGAAGAUGAAAAGGGAUGAAAGAAUUAUGGCUAAUGAAGAUCGUCUGAGAAUUUUAUCUGAAGUAGAUAAUUUACAAUCUCAAUUACAAUUACUUCAUCAAUAUGAUUGGAUUCGUUAUUUACCAAGUAUAUGUUAUAUUAAUAAUCCUCAAGAUUAUGAUGAACUAGAACAAAAAUUAGCAUUAACAAUUACAGAAUUAGAUAAAUUAAUUAGAAAACAUGAUAAUUGGAGAAGAAGAAAUGAUGCAUUGAAUAAUGAAAUUAAAGAAUUCGAUACUGGAUUGCGUCAUGUAGUUAUUGAACAUGAUGAGUAUACUGCUGAUAUUGCUACUCUACGAGAAAGAAGAAGAGUGGAAAGACGUAAGAGAUUAGGUCCCACUAUUAGGCUUAAACUUCAUAAUGGCUAUACAUUAAUAAUAGACCCUAUACAUCCCCCGACUGUAUUG